AUGGAUGGCAGCGACUGCUACACGCAUUCAGGCAGCAAGGGCUGGCAGGAGCAGUCACGUGCAGCACUGUUCGACUACAGCAAGUACGAGGUGCUGCGGUUCCUCCUCUCCAACCUGCGUUGGUGGCUCGAGGAGUACGGCUUCGACGGCUUCUGCUUCGCAGGCGUCACGAGCAUGCUGCCCCUCGGCCCAUUAAAGUGGGAGAAGGGACAAGUGGUGGUGGUGAAGGGGGAGUCGUCCGGGAUGCCCACGCUCUGCCGGGCUGUGGAGGAUGGCGGCUUCGGCUUCGACUACUGCUUGGCAGUCUCCAGCCCAAAGAUGUGGACAAAGAUGCUCCAGGAGCCAGACGAAGCCUGGGACGUGAGCCAUUUGGUCCGGUCCAUGAAACAGCGCUUCAAGGAGCCACGCAUCGCCUACGCUGAGUCUCACGACCAGGCCGCCACGGAGUUCAAGACUCUUAGCAGCUGGUUGAUGGGCGAAGAGCUUCGAAGCGAGAAAAGCAGUGACGUGACAGAACGUGGCUUGGCCCUCCACAAGAUGAUCCGCCUCGCGGUCCUGGGCCUCGGCGGCGAG